AAGUCCAUAUGUUUAUUAAUCUGUCACUUGCCAGUUGUUGCCCUUUAUUGGAUUGUUCACCCAUAUGUUCUGUAUAAAGGCUAGCCAUAAUGACUGUGAGGCAUAAUCCUAAUCCACUUGAAACUUGUUUUGAUUAAGUGGUCACGGGGCUUGGCCAAGAAAACCGCCUAUAUACUGGACUAGAUCCCUAUUACACAUGAAGUAUGACCAAGGCUGAAGCCUUGUGUGUGCCAACAGAGAGGUGCCUCUUGAAUGAAAGCAAUUGAGAGUCUGUCUCCUGUUCUAACAAAUAUGUCUGAAACAUCCUCCAAACAUCUGUGGGUCUUGUUUCAACAGUUUCCUGAGGCUUACAGAACAGAAGACAUUCAGGGGAAUAAACUCUCAGCUGCUAAGGCGCUAAAAGACUGACGGAUAACCCUUAUUGUGGAGGGGAGAGGCAACCUACCCAGUUGUACCUCAUACUUCAGGGUCAUGGGAUGUGGCUUUGCAAAAUCAGACCAAGCGCAGCUGAAGCAACUCAACAGAGGAACUGCCACAGCCAUGCGGGCAGCUCUCCUGAUCCAACGUUGGUACCGUCAGUAUGUGGCUAGGCUGGAGAUGAGACGCAGGUGCACCUGGAAUAUCUUUCAGUCCAUUGAGUAUGCAGGAGAGCAGGACCAGAUCAAGCUCUACAACUUCUUUGGGUACCUCAUGGAUCACUUCACUCCAGCAAGCAGUGAGAGGAACCUGAUUUCACACAUCUUCCGUGAGCACGACAUUGGCCGUGAUGUAGAGUGGGAGAGCUACAAGAGCAUCGAGGUGCCAGAGUUAUACUCUGGUCCACACCUCUCCUUCCCAAUGACCUUCUCCAACGCAGCUGAGCUGGUGGAGGCUUUCAAGAACAAACAACAGCUUCAUUCUCGCUAUGUCCUGCAGCUUCUUGUGGAGUCCUGGAGGCGGCUGAGAAUCCUCCCCAACAUCAGUCAGAUCUCCACCUGCCACUCCAAGGAGAUCACUAUCUGUGGAGACUUACAUGGGCAUCUUGAAGAUCUUUUGUUGGUUUUCUACAAGAAUGGCUUACCAUCAUCUGAGAGGCCUUAUGUCUUCAAUGGAGACUACGUUGAUCGAGGAAAAGAUUCCCUGGAGAUCCUUCUCAUCCUGUUUUCUUUCCUCCUGGUCUAUCCUAAUGAUGUCCAUCUGAACAGAGGCAACCACGAAGACCACAUAGUUAAUCUGAGAUAUGGUUUCACAAAAGAGGUGCUUGGAAAAUACAAGCUCCACGGCAAGAAGAUUUUAAAGCUUCUCCAGAAAAUAUUCAGCUGGUUACCCCUGGCAACAGUAAUUGACCACAAGGUGUUGGUCCUGCACGGGGGUAUCUCAGACACAACAGACCUUCACCUCCUAUCCAGGGUGGACAGACACAAAUAUGUUUCAGCUCUCCGGCCUCCCAAGAGCAAGAAGCAGAUGAGGUCAGGUUUGAUUGGAUCUGAUUUAGAAGAUAAUGACCCAACCUAUGAGUUUGUGGGCAGCAGCAGGCGCCGGGUUCGCUCCCUGACCCACACCACCUAUACCGUGACAAGGCAUGAGGCACCACGACGCUCCCUGCAGGUCCAGACCACUAGAGUGACUUACUCUGUGGAAGAGGAGCUGAAGAAGAGACGCAGGCAGGCCGGACUCAGCCAGUCUUACAGAGACCUGCAUAAUUCCACAAUGAACUCUGAUCUGGACUCUGACCCCGACUCUGGAGGAGAGCUUUUGGAUUCAAAUGAGGAUGAGUGGAAACAGAUUGUGGACUUGCUGUGGAGCGACCCCAUGCCUCAGGACGGCUGCAUCCCCAACGACGUGCGAGGUGGAGGCUGUUACUGGGGUCCUAAUGUGACAGAGGAGGUCCUGCGACGUCACAACCUCACACUGCUGAUACGGUCUCAUGAGUGCAAGCAGGAGGGCUAUGAGUUCUGCCACAAUCGCAAGGUCCUGACCAUAUUUUCUGCAUCUAACUACUAUGAGGUGGGCAGCAACAGAGGAGCAUACAUCAGGAUGGGCCCUGACCUGGUACCUCACUUUAUCCAGUACCAGGCUAACAGGUCUACCAGGGAGCUCACAUUGAGACAAAGUGUUGGACAGACUGAACGUUCAGCUCUCAAGGCUUUGAGGGAGAAGCUAUUUGCACACAAGUCAGAACUUGUGAGUGCCUUUCAGGUGUACGACCCGGAGCAUAAAGGACGGAUUUCUCUGGGCAACUGGGCCAGUGCAAUGGAGGCUGUGUUGAAGCUGGGUCUACCAUGGAGGAUGCUACGGUCUCAGUUGGUGGGGGAGACAGUUGAUGGAAUGUUGGACUAUCAGCUCUGGUUCAGAGAACUGUCCAUUACCGAGCACAAAACAGAGCUCUCGAAUGCCAAUCUGCUUGAGACAAUGUAUAAGAACCACUCCAACCUAGAGACCAUUUUUAGGAUCAUAGACACCGACAACUCUGGUCUGAUCUCACUUGAAGAGUUCCGUCAGACGUGGAAGCUACUGAGCACCCAUCUGCAGACAGAUAUCAGUGACAAAGCCAUCAGCGACCUAGCUGUCUCUAUCGACUUCAACAAAGAUGGCAGCAUUGACAUCAACGAGUUCAUGGAAGCCUUCCGGCUUGUGGGAGGAGACCUACUGCAGCAUGAAGAUGACGUUCAUUGACACCACUUCGAUAAAAAACAGCCCUCUGCGCAGGUGUUACAUGAAAUCUAGCAGGACAAAAUGCAGUUCUGGGGGAAGUAUUCUAUAAUAACAAGUCUACUCGCUCAAGUCAAUGUACUCAUUUCCAGUCUCUCCGAACAGACAACAACACAGUUGGUGAUUUUAAUGAUUUUAUGAUUAAAGGGAAUAUUGCUUUUAUAUACAGAACUGUCAAGCUAUUGCUAGAAAAAAAUAACACAUUACUCCAGUACUAGCCUCUUUACACUGGCUGACUGGGGCUAGGGCUGAUUUUAAGGUUUUAUUGUUAACCUAUAAAGCAAUACA